CACACACACACACACACACACAGAGGCUGGAUCAGGGUGAAUCAAAUUCAAUGUUGCUUUUAAAUCAAGCACAAAGUGGGAAUAAUUGCCUGAUCCUGGAGAACAUAACAUGGCAUUACCAGGAUUUCCAAACGCGUGUCAUUCUUAUCCGGAUCAAACUUUUAGAACAACUGGGCCCAAGAUUUAUGCAGAAGUAUUUGCAAAAGACCUGAGAAGGUUUAAAAUACAACAAAGGCUGGAUUGAUUCAGGAUUCAUCCGACUCCAGGCGUCUCCUGUCAUAUUCAUCAUGAUUACACUGAACACCGUCUCACGUCUGCGAAAGCCAGGGCUUCAUCAGCGUACAUUACACAGCAACAAAACAAGCCCUGAAAAUUAAUAAAAUAACUUUGAUGUUUUGUAAAUUACACUUUUGCAGUGGGUUUGUAGGUGUUGUUAUGCAUGUGUUUGAAGCGCUUGGAAACCCUGAAGCCAUCAGAAUCUGAAAGAGCUUUCUUAGCAAGGAUGCUUUACACUGCACUGCUUGAAUCACCAAAUUUAUUCAAUAUUCAGAUGUAACCUCCCGUGUAAUCGCUAACGUUUUCAUAAGUAAAAACCUUACUAAUAGCGUGUGUCCGCUAGAUGGCAGUGAAACACUUCUGCUGCAGAUGAACAUCAGAUCACAACUGCGUGAAAUAGCCAAUAUCACUACAGUCCACGGUCUUAUAUUUAGUUUUAUAUUCAUUAAAAACAACAUUCAUCAACUGAAAGCCCAUGCAACCGUCACAGAUUGUUAAAAUAACAGCGCUCACUAUCACUUUCAGAUUUAAAUAAGCCCAAAAGAAGCAUGACUUGUUGAAUACUUAUCUAUUAUGUGAUAAAACGUGUGAUGUGAUCAAUUUAGUGAUUAUAGUGUCAACUCUCUGACGAACUGUUUUAUAACUUAUGAACAUAAACACGGAUGAGUAUAACUGUGACGCACCAAUAAAAACAAACGCCGCAGUGCAUCUCGGGAAAUGGAGUUUUGUGCUAAAAAUGCGCACAUCGGAUUUCUUGCACAGUUUAUUAAUAUUUCACAUUGGAAAAAUAAAGGAUGACAGCGACUCGAUUUUAGCGACUCCCAGCGUGAAUAUUAAAUUAAAAAAUACCAACAUAAGCACGUGUUUAAUAAGUUUGAACGAUCCAAAAUAGCAGUACGAGGGCGUUACUGGCUUCUAUUCUCGCGAGAUUUAAGUGAAGCGUCGCGUCUUCUCGCUCUUUUUAUUCAUGAGUAUACAAAAAGCAGUCAACUUGUAAAAACGAAUGAAAAAAAAUGGUUUAAAAACCAGAAUAAAUCUAACGCUUCCCUGAUCCCUGUCACAUAUCUCUGAAGCGUCCUCCUGAGGACUUGAACUCUCGCGAUGGUUCGCAAUUCCCGCGAGCUUACAGUGACGCCUCUUCCCCCUUCUUAUAUUUAUUUGUAUAAUGCAAAAAACUGUAUAAAUAUACGAUAGAACAUCACUAGAAAAUGCCAGGCUAUAGUAAAUACAGCAUUCCGGUCAGGGUUGCCAGGUUUUCACAACAAAAUCCGCUCAAUUGCCAAUAUUCACGUUUUUUGUCCCUGGUAAAAUCUGCAUUCCAGGGGCUAAAUAUCACGUUAUUGAGGUCACUUCAAACCACGAACAUGAAAAUACAUAUCUAUGGAAAAAUAAACCCAGGUUAAAGCUAGAUGGUAUUCAUCUACCAGGCAUGUGCACAUCAAUAUAGCAUCUUUUUUGUCACACGAUACAACAAUAAUUACUGUUUUUGCAUUAUUGUAAGGGGUAUAAUAAAAGACGUUAAUAAAACACAAUCUAAUAGGUAGAAAAUUAAAUGAAUUGUUAGCUUCCGGUUUCAGCUGUAUCCCUUCGAUCCACAAAGUAGCAGGAAAACCGCGGACUUGGCAACACCGAGAUUCCUCCGCUUUCGCUUCAGUUUACGCGAACUCUCGCGCGUUUGUUUCUCGCGAGAUUUGCCUCGUCCGCGUUCAGACUCCAUGAUCUGCUGCCGAGCGGCGCGCCGCGAUCGUUCAUGACGCCCCUCUGCGCGUCGUGCGGCGCUCGUAUCCCCGCUCAGAUGGACUAAAGAGCGAUCCGCGAGGAUGGAGAGCGUGAAACUGAAGAAAAGCGGCGCUCCGAGUGCGGCCUUGAGAUCCGCGGCCGAUGAAGAAGACGACGAAGGCCAGAGAGCGUCGAACCCGCGUCAGAACCGGAGCCGGAGCCCCGCCGAGCUGAGGAGGAGGAGGGUGAGGAGGCACGCGUCCAGCGUCAGCUCGUCUCUGGACCGGCAGAGACACCGAGCCGCGGCUCCGCUGCAGCUGUGUGACCGGCAGUGGGUCCGCCAGGACCUGCGCCGCGGCUCCGUACACGUCCAUGACCGCCUGACGGUGCGGUCGCUCCCGCCGCGGCUCGUGCUGUGCACCGCGGACUGCACCGCGGCCGAGAUCGCGCAGCGCCUGAGCGGCAAACCGGGCUCGGUCCUGAGGCUGGCCGCCAAGACGGACGUGAACGGGAACUGCGACGGCGACCGGCUGCGACUGCUGCUGCUGGAGAAGGAGCACCGGUUCCGGUACGACAUCUACACCGAGCCUCAGGACGAGGACUCCGUCAAACGGUCCGCGGGCUCCGAUGUGGAGAGCAGCAGCGACCUGAGCUCCGGGGCCCGGCUCAGCCGGCACCGGGACUCGCUCAGCGACGACAUGACCCUGGGAACCGACGCUUCGGCGCUCGAGGGCCUGGACACGUACGGCAGCUCCUCGGACGAGCUGGAGCUGGACUGUCCGGUAACGGACGGAGCCGAGGCGAGUCCCGCCGGUGACUGGGACUCCGGUCCGGCGCUGUACGUUCAGCUGCACGGCGAGGCGGCCCGGCGCCUGGGGCCCGAGGAGAGGCCCCUGCAGAUCCAGAACGACUUUCUCUUUAAACUGGGAUUUAAGGAUCCGUGGCGGGUGCAGGAGGAGGGCAUGAACACCGAGCUGGGGUCGCUGCUGCGCUUCUACGCAGGAAAACCUCACAGCAUCGAGAGCUCCGAGCGCAUCCAGCUCUCCGGAACGUAUAACGUAAGGAAAGGAAAGCUGCAGCUGCCGGUGAACCGCUGGAGUCGACGGCAGGUGAUUUUGUGUGGCACUUGUCUGAUGGUGUCCUCAGUGAAGGCCAGCCAUACGGGCAAGAUGCACAUCCUGCCACUGAUCGGAGGAAAGGUGGAAGAGGUGAAGAAACACAGUCACUGUUUGGCCUUCAGCUCGGCGGGACCUCAGAGUCAGACCUACUACAUCAGCUUCGACAGCUUCACCGAACACCUGCGCUGGCACCGGCAGGCGGCGAAGGUGGUGUCUCAGAGGAUCAGCUCGGUGGAUCUGUCCUGCUGUAGUCUGGAGAAGCUGCCUCCUAACCUGCUGUACAGUCAGGAUCUGACGCACCUCAACCUCAAACACAACUUCCUUCCUGCAGACCAGACGCUGCUGCAGCUCCAGAGAUUUUCCCGCCUGCGGAGUCUCAAUCUGUCUCAUAAUCAGCUGGGGAGUUUCCCGCUGUCCAUCUGCUCCAUCAGCACACUGACGGAGGUCAACCUCAGCUGCAACCACCUGACCUCCGUCCACCCCGACGUGGGCAACAUGAGCAAUCUGCAGACGCUGGUUCUGGAUGGGAAUCUGCUGAGUGCUCUCCCUGCGGAGCUGGGCCGUCUGCAGCGGCUGGCCUAUCUGGGCCUGUCCUUCAAUGAGUUCACACAGGUGCCGCCGGUGCUGGAGCGGCUGCCCGCCGUCGAGAGGCUCUGCAUGGCCGGGAAUAAAGUGUGUGUGCUGACGCUACAGGCCUUCCGCCUGCUGACGCUCAAACACGUCGACCUGCGUCUGAAUCAGAUCUCGUCUGUGCUGCCGGACGAGCCGGAGUUUCUGCGUCACGUGACACAGCUGGACCUGCGGGACAACCAUCUGACCGAGCUGGACGCGUCCGUCUUCCCGCGGCUGGAGGUGCUGCACUGUCAGAGGAACCGCAUCUGUCGUCUGCGUCUGCGUGGCUGCACGCUCAAGGCUCUCUACGCCUCCAGCAACGAGCUGCAGGAGCUCGACGUGAGUCCCGCCGCCGCCAGCCUCACUUACCUGGACAUCUCCAGGAACUGCAUGAAGGCUCUUCCUGAUUGGCUGAGUGACAGCAAGAAGCUGGAGGUUCUAGACGUCAGUCACAAUCACAUCACUGAACUUCCUCCGUGGCUGCUGUGCAGUGGGGGUCUGAGGAAGAUCCUGGCGGGUCACAAUCAGCUGAAGCGUCUGCCGGAGCGAGUGGAGCGUCCAGCGGUGGAGGUGCUGGACAUACAGCACAAUCAUCUCAGCGAGCUUCCCUGCAACCUCUUCCUCAAAUCAGAGAGUCUGCGGUGUCUGAACGCAUCGGCCAAUAAGCUGGAGAAUCUGCCGGCGUCCAGCCUAUCAGAGGAGAGCAGCAGCGUCCUGCAGGAGCUCUACCUGACCAACAACCACCUGACCGACAGGUGUGUGCCGCAGCUGACCGGACACACACACCUGCGGAUCCUGCACAUGGCCUACAACCACCUGCAGACCUUCCCAGCCAGUAAAAUGGCCAAGCUGGAGGAGCUGGAGGAGCUGGACCUGAGUGGGAACAGGCUGAAGGCGGUGCCCACCACCAUCAUGAACUGCAGACGCAUGCACACACUAGCGGCUCACUCCAACUGCAUCGAGGUCUUCCCCGAGGUCCUGCAGCUCCUGGAGAUGAAGUGUGUGGACGUGAGCUGUAAUGAGCUGAGUGAGAUCACUUUACCUGACAGUCUACCUCCUAAACUUCAAGAGCUGGAUCUGACGGGAAACCUGCGCCUGAAUCUGGACCACAAGACCCUCGAGCAGCUCAAUAACAUCCGCUGUUUCCGGAUAGACCCGCCCCCCUCCUCGUUCUCAGCCAAUGAGGGGGCAGGAGGGCCGGCUGUCUGGAGUCACGGCUUCACCGAAGCCUCGGGCGUCAAAAACAAACUGUGUGUGGCGGCGCUGUCGGUGAACAGCUUCUGCGGCAGCAGAGAAGCUCUGUACGGCGUGUUUGACGGGGACAGGAACGUGGAGGUGCCGUAUUUACUGCAGUGCACCAUGAACGACAUACUGGCCGAGGAGCUUCACAGGACCAAGAGCGAGGAAGACUACAUGACCAACACCUUCCUCGUCAUGCAGAGGAAGUUGGGCACAGCAGGGCAGAAGCUUGGCGGCUCGGCGGCGCUCUGUCACAUCCGGCACGACCCCACGGACCCCGCCGGCUGCUUCACCCUCACAGCUGCUAAUGUGGGCAAGAGUCAGGCGGUGCUGUGCCGCGACGGCAAGGCGCUUCCGCUGUCGCUGCUGCACAACAUCAGCAUCCAGGAGGAAUACGACCGCGUGCGGCAGCAUAAAGCCAUCAUCACGGAGGACAACAAAGUGAACGGCGUAACAGACUCCACACGCAUCAUGGGCUAUUCGUUCCUCUACCCGGCGGUCUUGCCUCGCCCAUACGUCACCACGCUCCCGCUGACCCCCAGAGAUGAGUUCUUCAUUCUGGGCAGCAGAGGUCUGUUCGAAGUCUUGGACCCUAGCGAGGCGGUCGAAGCCAUACGGAAGGUGCCCGAUGCACUGGCGGCUGCCAAGAAGCUGUGCACGCUGGCACAGUCGUACGGCUGCACCGACAGCCUCUGCGCCGUUGUGGUGCAACUCAAUGUGGCAGAAGACUGUUGUUGUUGUUGUUGCGCGGCGUCUGCGGAGCCCAGCUCCGGAAACACGCAUGCACCUCCGAGCCCCGGGCCUGGGCUGUUCCCGGCCUCCUCUGCCGCCGUGCCCCCGUCCUCCUGCAGUGAGAUCAGCUCUGAGGUCAGUGCAUCCGAGAUGAGUUCCGAAGUGGGAUCCACCGCAUCCUCGGACGAGCCCCCGCUCCUGCUGCAGGAGGCACAGCUCCACCUUCAUCCACAGAGCCACCCCAACCCACGCCUCCCCUGCUGCUCGCUCCACCUCGCGCCCAACUCCGGAAGCUCCUUCCAGAGGCAGCUGUCCAGCGCCACCUUCUCCAGCGCGCUCUCGGACAAUGGCUUGGACAGUGAGGACGAGGAGCCCAUCGCAGGAGUCUUCUCCAACGGCAGUCGGGUGGAAGUGGAGGCCGAUGUCCACUGUCUGCUCCCUUUGCCUCCGCCUCCUCCACCCUGUACCCCAGAAACCCCGGAGAAGCUUCCGGAGGAGGCCGGGAACCUUGCGGGAGCGGAUGCUUGGAGCAAGACCUUGGGAAGGCGGCGGGGAAACGGCUCCGUGGCGCCGCAGGAGCAGAGUCACAACUUGAUUGAGGUGGCGACUGAAGCUCCUUCUAAAAAACCUGGAGGUUACUUCACGGCGCCCGCUCAACCCGACCCAGAUGACCAGUUCAUCAUUCCUCCGGAGCUGGAGGAGGAGGUGAAGGAGAUCAUGAAACAACAUCAGCAGGACCAACAGAAGCCGGCCAAGAGCGAGCGACCUGCGGACUACUACGACACGCCACUCUGAAGUC